UAACUAAAACGUUGUCAAUUGUCGACACAAAAACGUGAAACACCAAGUUAAAGGGUUUGCUAAAUUUUGUGUUUAUGCAAAUUUGCGGCAAUUAAUCGCAACUAACGGCAGUAGAAGCAACAGCAGCAGCAGCAGAAGCAGCGGCAACAGUAAAAGUCAAGUGCAAAACAAACCGAACCGUAGCGAAGCUUCUACGCGCCGCGUAUAAAACUGAAACAACAACAACAACAACAGCAACAGACACACACGAAAUAUGGCUUGGGGCUAUUGGUCCGCCACAACAGUGGAUCGUGGACGCUCGCCACGCCGCUUGACGCAGUGCACACCGUUGCCUGUGAAUCUCGUGCAGCAGGAAGAGGAGGAGGAGCAGCCGCCAUGUUUGCCACAACAACAACAACAACAGCAGCAGUCGCAACAGCAGCAGCAGCAACAACAACAGUCGCAGCAGUCACAGACCUGCCCCAGCACCCCCUCGGCCAGUCAACAAGGCGGCGGCACUCUCUGCUACAGUCCCACAUGUCGUUCGCGCUGCUCCAGCCCCUGUCCGGGCUCGCCGUGCGGCUCGAUAACGCCGCCGCCGCCGCCGUUGCUCACAUCCUCGCAACAGCAUCUCCAUCAGCACUCGAACAAGAAUUGUCCGGCCGCACAGCAAUUGCUCACGCAUUUGGAUUACGCGGCACGCAGACAGUCCCUGGACCAGCUGGACAGUCCGCAGGUACUGAACACGUCGAAGUACUUUGAUAUCCAGGCCAAUCAGCUGUCGGACAUCAUGUGCCGCGGCGCUGUGGUCAGUUCCAUACAGUCGGCCAACAAUACGCUGACCAGAGGCGUCUCGCUGCACAGUCGCAGCGGUAGCGCCCAUGGCAGCCAUCACAGUCACAGUCAUCAUGGCAGCGCCCACGGCUCGUUGGGCUGCCUGCAGGGCGGUGUGGGAGUAGGCGUGGGCACAGGCAGCACCGGCAGCAUUGGCAUGAUGUCCGCCAGCCACAUUGACACCGGCGAUUACGAUGUGCCGCAUCCGCAUCCAUAUACGCAUCAUUAUAUGCAGACGACGGCAUCCGUGACGCCGCCGCAUGCAACGCUCAGCAGGCCGGGAUCGGCUGGUGCCGUUUGCACCGGCCACGAUUCGGGCUCCGACUCGAGCCAGGGCUGCGGUGGCUCCAUCAUGGGUGGCAUGCUGGUAAUGGGCCAUGCCGGACACAUGGGCAGCCUGGGGCAUCAUAGCACCGGGAGCGGUUCGCUGGGUCGCUGCUCGAGUCGCUGCCACAACACCACCACCACCGACGACUCCGGUGGCGGCAGCAGCGGCGGUGGUGGUGGUGGCAUCGGCGCCACUGUUGCUGUCGGCGGUCCCGGCAUGCUCAUGGACUAUCAUCAUGGCCAUCAUAGCGGCAGCGCUGGCAGCGGCCUUAAUGGCUGUGGCGCCGGCGGCAGCAUCGCUGGCGGCAGCAUUGGAGGACGCAGCAGCGUCCUGGGCACCAUACACAAUGGCCACGGCCAUCAUCAUCAGCAAUACCAUCACGAGUGCAUCCACUACGAGCGUCUGCCUAUUCCCGUGCCUAUUCCCACGGUUCCCAUGGGCGUUACGCAACAGCAGCAACACCAGAUGCCCUCGCAGCAUCAGCUACAAUCGGAGGAGGAGAUCGAACCAGCCUAUGCAACAGUAUUUCCGAAUGUUCCUCAAGCGCCGGGCUUGUCCUGCGAUGGCGAAGAUCGCAGCAUCUACAGAAGAGGCGCUCGGCGCUGGCGAAAAUUAUAUCGCGUCAACGGACACAUUUUCCAGGCCAAACGUUUCAAUCGCCGCGCCUUCUGUGCCUAUUGCCAGGAUCGCAUCUGGGGCCUGGGCCGUCAGGGUUUCAAGUGUAUACAGUGCAAGCUGUUGGUGCACAAAAAGUGCCAUAAGCUGGUGCAGAAGCAGUGCACCGAUCAGCCCGAGCCGCUGGUCAAGGAGCGCGCCGAGGAGGUCAACGAUCCGAUGCCGGUGCCAUUGCCACCGCUGCCAUACGAAGCGGUUGGCGGCGCUGGCGAUUCGUAUGAGCCGCACGAGCAUGCGCACAUCGUUGUGCCGCCACCGCCGGAGGACUCCAUGGAGCCGGCCACCCAGCGCCAGUAUUCGUUGAAUGACUUUGAGCUGAUACGCGUCAUUGGACGCGGCAGCUAUGCCAAGGUGCUGAUGGUGGAGCUGCGGCGUACGCGUCGCAUCUACGCGAUGAAGGUGAUCAAGAAGGCGCUGGUCACCGACGACGAGGACAUUGACUGGGUGCAAACCGAGAAGCAUGUCUUUGAGACAGCCUCGAAUCAUCCGUUCCUCGUGGGCCUGCACUCUUGCUUCCAGACGCCCUCGCGCCUCUUCUUUGUCAUUGAGUUUGUGCGCGGCGGCGACUUGAUGUACCACAUGCAGCGGCAGCGGCGCCUGCCCGAAGAGCAUGCCCGCUUCUAUGCUGCCGAGAUCAGCUUGGCACUAAACUUUCUGCACGAGAAGGGCAUCAUCUAUCGUGAUCUGAAGCUGGACAACGUGCUGCUGGAUCACGAGGGCCACAUAAAGCUCACUGAUUACGGCAUGUGCAAGGAGGGCAUUCGUCCGGGUGACACAACCUCCACAUUCUGCGGCACACCCAACUAUAUUGCGCCAGAGAUACUGCGUGGCGAGGACUAUGGCUUCUCUGUGGACUGGUGGGCACUGGGUGUGCUGCUGUACGAGAUGCUCGCUGGCCGCAGUCCCUUCGACAUUGCCGGCGCCUCUGAAAAUCCAGAUCAGAACACUGAGGACUAUCUGUUCCAAGUGAUUCUGGAGAAGACCAUACGCAUACCGCGUUCGCUGAGCGUCAAGGCUGCUUCCGUUUUGAAAGGUUUCCUCAACAAGAAUCCCGCUGAUCGCCUGGGCUGCCAUCGCGAAUCCGCCUUCAUGGAUAUUGUAAAUCAUCCCUUCUUCAAGGUCAUCGACUGGGAGAUGAUUGCACAAAAGGAGGUACAACCGCCUUAUAUACCAAGCCUGGAUCCUGGCGAUCCUUAUAUGACAACAAACUUUGACGUUCAAUUUACCAGAGAACCGGCUGAAUUGACGCCAGACGAUCCCCAUGUCAUUGGCAACAUCGAUCAAUCGGAAUUCGAGGGCUUUGAGUAUGUCAACCCCUUGCUGAUGUCAUUGGAGGAUUGCGUCUGACACCACGAGACGUGUGAUUUGCAUCCAUAUAAUAUGCGUCUUUACGGCGAGGAUUCCAGUGAUUACGAUUCUGUGGCUGACGAUUUGAGUCUCCUGCAUUUGAAUAGCGCGGGAGGCGCAGCCAAUACCAAUAAUAAUAUAAGCCAGCAGCAACAUUAUCGCCAACAGCAGCUGCCACAGGCGCAGCAAUAUCAUCCAUACUCACAGCAGCAACAGCAACAAUUACAAUUACAACAACAGCAGCAGCACCAGCAGCAGCAGCAUCAUC